AGUUCUAAUUAAAAUCCGUAUACCCUUACUUCUACGACCUCUUAUUAUACAGUGGGACUUUGACUCUCCCUCGUUUCUUUUAAAAACUGGAAAUUUCCCAGAAUCCUGGCAGUAGCCGUUGACAAAUCCGCGAGAAAAGAUAUCGAAUAAAAAUGGCCCUGGAGCAGGAUUUCAUUAAAGCUGCAGAGGGGAUAAGAAGCCUAUCAAAACGGCUCUUAGAGACAGACGCCUUAGAGCUUUACGCACUCUUCAAGCAAGCCACCUUUGGAGACAUAAACACUGAACGUUCGAGUGCGGUGGAUCACCCAGCCAAGGCGAAGUGGGACCACUGGAAUAAGAAGAAGGGAAUGUCCAAAGAUGACGCGAAGAAGGCCUACAUCACCUGUGCAAAUGCAGUAAUUCCGAAAUACAAAUAAUUUAAUUUCCAUGGAAAUGUAUUCUACUUCUAUCUACAAUUAUGGAAAUAAAUUGAUGCAUAUACAACA